UGCAACAUCGUGCUGUGAUCCGGUUGGUAAAGUUGAUCUUUGUGUGGUCAUAGCCUGUAUCCUUCUAUCAACCAUUUCUCCAGAGGAAGACCACAAUUCAGGCAGUAACAAUUCCUCUGAUUGCAUCGGAUACAUCUGAACUAAUUGAAUCUUCUGUGGAGUUCUUUCACUUGUCACUUUGCCCUCUCUUCCUGCCAGGCAUUAAAGAUGCCUCGCCAAACAAUCAUGAUAGCCCUCUCCCUGACUUUACUAAUUACAAUAUUAGCAAGUCUACAAGAAGGGGAAGCCAGGGUCGUUAUCAAAGGAUGUCCUCUGACUGGUUACAAGAGAGAAGGGAACCGUUGUGUGUUCGUCGGUUGUCCAAAAGGACUCAGGAAAAUUGUGCGAAGCAACUUCAGGCAAAGAUACUUUUUCUGUGUAAAAGGCAGGCCAAACUACACUCGUCGCAUCCGUCAUCGCGGUUUUGUGAGUCCUCAUCUUAUAUUCGCUUAUGUCAGGCAAAGAAUAGCACCAUGUCGACGGAUCAUCUGGCUGAGAAGGCGACUGCAUAGAGUCUGGAAGCGUGUGAAGCAGAAAGAGACGGAGAUAAAGGCAGCAGAGGAGAAACCCAGGACAAGGGAAAGUGCUCAGAAGGCAUGGGAGAAAGAGUCAGCAAAGCAACAAAAGGGUUUGGCAGUGCAGCGGAAACUCUUCUCACUGUUGCUGCGGAAAGUAAACAUCAUGGACCGCCGGAGAGGAAUGAGACUGGCCAUGGCUUACAGCAAGCUGCGAUGGUGGAUAAAGGUGGCUGAGAGACGCAUCAAGGAAACGCACGCUCAGCUCAAGAAAUACAUUCACGAGCUCAGAAAGAGAAUGUCGGGAAUUCUGAAACGGAAUAUAGUGAGGGCAGAGAUGCAACUGAAGCGGUGGCGAUACUUUCUGAGGAAGCUCGAGUUUUGGAUGAUGAAAGUUAAAGUGAUAUUAAGAAGGAGGCGGACGAGAAGACGUAUCGGGUUUGCCUGGAGACAAGUCCGGCGGGUCAAACUGGCCAUCAAGCAAAUACAACAAAAAAUACAUUCCGCCGCGGCGGGGGAAAAGAGGCCGGAUCUUAAGGGGCUCAUCAAGAGGGAAAGUCUCUUGUGGUCCCUGCUCACACACAGGAAGACGACAUUGAACACCUUACUGAAAGAACGAAAUCGCGUCCGGGCUAGAAGAAUUGAAAAUACACUGCACCAGAUCAAGCAGCGGCUCACUUGGGCCGAGAAGAAAAUAGCCUAUUUGAGCAGACGCCUCAAGGAUAAGAAAGAAACCAAUAGAACUCAAUGGAUAAAGCGUAUCCUGGUCAAAUGGCAGCAUUACCUUGGACGUCUGCAGAAGAGAGAAGAGUUUCUAACAAAAAGAUACAAGAAGAAUACAAAAGGUAGCACAGUCGAAGACACGAAUGAAAAAGAAAAUGAUUCUAAAAAGUCAUCGGUCAAAAAAUCGAAGGAUGAUGGUUUGGACACCCUCCGGAAACUGAUGGUGAAGAAGAAUAUCCCCAACAUCACCAUAUUCAAGUUUCACCCACCACAAUUCCUUAAAGCAAUGCGAGAGACACUCAAGUGAUAGAGGAUGAAAAAUUACAAAAGCUCGUGAAAUUAUAACAUGUACCGGGACAUGUACUUUACAGCGAAAUCUUAAAAAUACACCAUUGGAUAAAUCCUACGAGAAUAUGAAAUAUUUCAUUCCACUGACUGGCCGAGCAUUUAAGUUGCUUUUUAUAUGAAGCUGUAUAUCGUUGGUAUCUGCUCUUACAAAAUAGUGGGCAAGCAUCUUAUUUCAUCCAUCUUUUUACAUAUCAAGGUAUGAAGGAUAAUAAAGUCUUUAAAUAAA